UUUCGGUAUUGGGAUCAUCUUCCGUUUAUCUGCAGCCGACUUUUUGGCUUUGUCGGCUUAUUAUUUCAAUCCCAACUUUUUCAUUUUUCUAAUGAAGAUGUGACAACUACGUGCACAAAUAGUUGGAAAGCUUCAACCUUUCGGUUGAGAGCUUUUUUUUCUUUUUUUCAUUGUUGGAGUUUUUGUUUUUGUUUGUUUGAAUCUCUCACAAACCAAAUGAUGGGAUAUUUGUCUUGGCCAUGAGUUUGGAAAUGGGUCUCUCUUUGAUUUGACGCUCUGCCUCUGAAUCUUCAUUCAUCGCUGAUCAUGUUUCUUACAUAAACAGAAUGAUGGAUUGGGAUAUUGAGUUGUUACUCUGGAUAUUUCUUGAUUGUUCUAAAUGUCUAUGCUUUCCACUUUUGGCUGCAGUGUCGAGUUUCAACUUGGAUUACCGAUUUCAUAUUAGAAGAUUGGAAAUUGUUCUGUUUUAAACGAUCAAAUUCUGCUUCUGAAGUCGCUGAAUUAGCUGGGGCAUGGCUGAUACGGGGGUUUCAUCUGCUAAACCGCAGAAAAGUUCCCAGGGUUUUACCACAGCUUUGGUCUCAGCUAUUCUAGAAUGGUUACUGAUUUUCUUGCUGUUCACUGAUGCCAUAUUUGCAUAUAUAAUUAAAAAGUUUGCUUUUGGAUGCAAAUUGCAAACACCAUGCCUCCUGUGCUCUAGACUUGAUCAUGUCUUGGGCAUGGAGAAAAGAGGAUAUUAUUGGGACUUGAUGUGCAGCAAUCACAGGUCAGAGGUUUCUUCCUCAGUACUUUGCCGCGAUCACAAUAAGAUUGUAGACGUCCAUGGAAUGUGUGAAAAUUGUCUCUUGUCAUUGUCAACUAUCAAUGAAUCCAAUUCUGAAGCGCACAGAUUAUUAGUGGGUAAAUUGGGUGAGAAUUCCACCUUAGAUGCUGAGCAGGAUCCAUUACUUGGCAGUGUUGAGUCCAGUUUUUCAAGCAGAAAGCAUUGUUCUUGUUGCAAUGAACCAUUGAUUUCGAGAGGGCAUGCCCGCAAGUUUGUUCAGAGAAAAUUAAGUGGGCCAGUGGUUCCUGAAAUAAAUUCUGAUACUGGGCUUGACCCUUUACCUCAUGUUGUGUACACGGAGCUCAAGAUAACUUCUGAUACUGAAUCUGAAAUUGUAUUUUCAGAUGAUGAUAGAACAAAUGCUCCAGUUUGUGGAACAGAUGACUUCAAGGAAGAGCUUGAACCUCGUAUUAUGAAUCUAGUUGAUGAUUUGGCUGCAGAUAAACUGAUAAAUCCAACAUCUGUGUCAAUACCUUUACUUAAGGUGUCAGAGGUGCCAGUAGACACCAUUAAGGUGCAUGGCAGCAACUCUACGGAAUCUAGUGUUUCUGUAGGGUAUGGAUUGGAGGAACUUAAUUGGCAUCAACCUAAAACUAAGGCUGAUGUCUCUAUAUCGACUGAGCCAACCCUUGACACUGCUCUUUCAUCAUCAGAUGCAUUGGGAACCCCUAUUGAAAUAUCCAAGGAUGAAUUAGACAUUACAAGAACCAGUGAAAAUGGGCAAACAUCUUUGGUAGAUGUUACAAGAACUAGUGAAAAUGGGCAAACAUCUUUGGCAGAAUGUGAGGAAGUUGACAAGGCAGAAGAUAGGCCAAUUGCAACAUCUGAAACAGCUGUAGGAACAAACGCUGUUGCAAGUGACACAGAAAACCAAGUAUCCAAUACUUUGGAGCUUGGUGAUGCUUAUAGGUUAGCUGUUGGCAAUAGAGGAAAGCAGUUGUCUGACGUGAUUUCAGAACAAUGGAAUGGGAAGGAUUCUUCAAGAGCUAGUGAAGAUUUCAAAACCUUACUUAAACAAUUGUCUUCUUCUCGAGGAAUGGAACAAUCAGUUAGUGACAUGAGUCCUAAAGUAUCCAUAAAUAGCGAUGAUAUGAAGACUUCUGAUUCUUGUAAUGCUAUGGGGAUGUACUUACUUCAAAAGAGGAUCUCACUCGAACGAAAUGAGUCCGGAUUGUCUCUGGAUGGAAGCAUUAUCAGUGAAAUCGAGGGUGAGAGUGUCGUUGAUCGGUUAAAACGGCAGAUUGAGCAUGAUAAGAAACUUAUGACUGCCAUGUAUAGGGAGUUAGAGGAAGAAAGAAAUGCUUCUGCAAUUUCUACAAAUCAAGCAAUGGCCAUGAUUACCAGACUGCAGGAGGAGAAGGCAGCACUCCAAAUGGAAGCACUGCAGUAUCUAAGGAUGAUGGAAGAGCAAGCUGAGUAUGAUAAUGAAAAACUGGAAAACACAAGUGACCUUCUUGCUGAGAAGGAGAAAGAAAUACAAGAUCUUGAAGCAGAGCUUGAAUAUUAUAGGAAUAAAUAUCCAAACGAAUCCAUGUUAGAUAAUCUGGCGGGGACAAGGGAUAUUGGAGUGGAUCUUUCAGAAUCUGGUGGCAUUGGAGAUGAAUUAAGUGUUCUGCCACAUCCAGCUUCUGGAGAACCUAAUCCCUAUAAUAAAGUUGAUGUGAAUGAUAUAUUAUUAGGCUUUGAAGAUGAUAAGAAAUAUAUCGUACAAUGUUUAAAGAAAUUGGAGAAGACACUCUGUCUGCCUUCCAAAGAUGUUAGCCUGUAUUUAUCCGAAGAUCAUGCUUCUGAAAAUGGAAAAGAUGGGAUUAAUGAGUCGGAAGUGCUUAGUGCUAAUGGUGCUUCUCAAGAAAAUAGUGGAAAAGAAGAGAUUAUUCUUUCAGUACAAGAUGACACGUCUGUUUCUGGAUUGAAUUCAAAUGCUGAAGGAGAUAUUUCGUCGCUCGAGAAUACUCAUCUUAAUGGAAAAGAUACCAAUGAUUUCAGUCAAAAAGCAGAUUUAGCUUCUCUUGGAACCGAGGUUUCUCGUCUGACUAAGAUGUUAGAAGCACUUGAGGCAGACAGGAAAUUUCUCGAGCACACAAUUAACUCACUUAGAACUGGGGAUAAGGGCUUUCAGUUCAUUCAGGAGAUAGCUUUUCACCUGCAAGAAUUGAGGAAGGUUGCAACAAAGCAAGAUCAAACUGUAGCUUGAGCUGUCUGUAAAUCCAAAACAUUCCCUGGUUUGUUAUCAGCGAGCUUCAUUCUUGAUCAAUUGUACAGAAUUUAAAAGCAACCUAUUUGGAUCGAUUGUCAUGUUGGAUUAUAAUUCUUGAAAAUCGACUCAAAAUCUGUUGCUGAAGCUUUACUCUCCAAUGUACAGCAAUACGACAUCACUAGCUUUAUUUUCUCCUGAGAGAUGGGUGUGAUAGGAGGACCUGACUUAUACAGCAGUUUAUUUGCUACCUUUUUCUCUUUUUUCUCUUCUCCUACUCUUUUUUUUUUUUUUUUUUGGGUGGGGGGUGUUUUACAAAAUUGUCUUUUUUGGGAUUUUGGCUCAACUACAUACAGAUUUGGCUAGGUAUAUUUUUCCUUGUUGUUUCCAAGUUCAAAAAUUUGAGGUUACAGUUUGUUGAUUUGUUUUGUUAUUUCCCAUUUUUGGCUUGUGCAGUUGAUGAGUGAUUUGAUUGGGUGAGAGUGAUUAUUUUGUGUAAAGUACAAAUUAUUUGAUGAUGAAGAAGAAUAUGGUGAUUGAUGCCC